GGAAGUGAUAUUGAUAUGAGUAUGGAACAUCGUUAUAAGUUGAAUGGAGGAAAUCUUGUGGUUAUUAACCCCAAUAGAAAUUGGGAUACAGGAAGUUACCAAUGUUUUGCAACAAAUUCACUUGGAACAAUUGUCAGCAGAGAAGCUAAACUUCAGUUUGCCUAUCUUGAAAAUUUUAAGACCAAAAUGAGAAGUACAGUGUCAGUGCGUGAAGGCCAGGGAGUCGUGCUGCUCUGCGGCCCCCCGCCACACUCUGGAGAACUAUCUUAUGCUUGGAUCUUCAAUGAAUAUCCAUCGAUAGUUGAAGAAGAUAGUCGGAGAUUUGUCUCUCAAGAGACAGGGCACCUCUACAUAGCCAAGGUGGAGCCAUCCGAUGUGGGAAAUUACACAUGUGUGGUGACAAGUGCAGUGACAAAUGCCAGAGUCCUAGGCUCCCCGACUCCUUUGGUGCUACGUUCUGAUGGUGUAAUGGGUGAAUAUGAACCCAAAAUAGAAGUUCAGUUUCCAGAAACUCUUCCAGCAGCUAAAGGUUCAACUGUGAAAUUGGAAUGUUUUGCCCUUGGAAAUCCCGUACCUCAGAUUAAUUGGAGAAGAAGUGAUGGACUGCCUUUUUCCAGUAAAAUUAAAUUAAGGAAGUUCAAUGGUAUGCUUGAGAUCCCCAACUUCCAACAGGAAGAUGCAGGUUCCUAUGAAUGCAUUGCUGAGAAUUCACGAGGAAAAAAUGUUGCCAGAGGGCGUCUCACUUAUUAUGCAAAGCCCCAUUGGGUUCAACUCAUAAAAGAUGUGGAAAUAGCUGUGGAAGACAAUCUGUACUGGGAAUGUCGGGCAAGUGGCAAGCCCAAACCCUCCUACCGAUGGUUGAAAAAUGGAGAAGCCCUGAUACUAGAGGAGAGAAUACAGAUAGAAAAUGGUGCUCUUACAAUAUCAAACCUAAAUGUGACUGAUUCUGGCAUGUUCCAGUGCAUAGCAGAAAACAAACAUGGUCUCGUCUAUUCCAGUGCUGAACUCAAGGUUGUUGCCUCUGCCCCAGAUUUUUCAAAGAACCCAAUGAAAAAGUUGGUUCAGGUGCAGAUGGGCAGCCUGGUCAGCUUGGAUUGUAAACCCAGAGCCUCUCCUAGGGCACUCUCUUCCUGGAAAAAAGGAGAUGUGAUUGUGCAGGAGCAUGAAAGAAUUUCUUUUUUAAAAGAUGGAGGACUCAAAAUAGCCAACGUAACUAAAGCUGAUGCUGGAGCUUACACCUGCACAGCAGAAAACCAGUUUGGGAAAGCAAAUGGUACAACACACUUGGUUGUUACAGAACCAACAAGGAUAAUUUUGGCGCCAUCUAACAUGGAUGUAUCGGUUGGCGAAAGUGUCAUUUUGCCCUGCCAGGUGCAACACGACCCCCUUUUAGACAUCAUGUUUACCUGGUAUUUCAAUGGGGCCCUCACAGAUUUUAAGAAAGAUGGAUCUCACUUUGAGAAAGUCGGCGGGAGUUCAUCUGGUGACUUAAUGAUCAGAAACAUUCAGCUGAAACACAGUGGAAAAUAUGUUUGUAUGGUGCAAACAGGGGUGGACAGUGUUUCAUCUGCUGCCGACCUCAUAGUAAGAGGUUCCCCUGGACCACCAGAAAAUGUGAAGGUAGAUGAAAUUACAGAUACAACAGCCCAACUCUCUUGGAAAGAAGGUAUAGACAACCACAGCCCAGUUACAUCCUAUUCUAUCCAGGCUAGGACACCUUUCUCCGUGGGUUGGCAAACUGUCACAACAGUGCCUGAGGUCAUCAAUGGGAAGACACACACAGCUACUGUAGUCGAGUUAAACCCAUGGGUGGAAUAUGAAUUUCGGGUUGUAGCCAGUAACAAAAUCGGAGGUGGAGAACCCAGUUUACCCUCAGAAAAAGUAAGAACUGAAGAGGCAGUUCCAGAAGUGCCUCCUUCUGAAGUCAAUGGAGGAGGUGGAAGCCGGUCUGAACUAGUGAUAACUUGGGAUCCAGUUCCUGAAGAACUACAGAAUGGUGAAGGAUUUGGGUAUGUUGUUGCUUUCCGCCCUCUUGGGGUUACCAACUGGAUCCAGACAGUGGUGACAUCCCCUGAUAGCCCAAGAUAUGUCUUUAGGAAUGAAAGCAUCGUGCCAUUUUCACCAUAUGAAGUUAAAGUGGGUGUUUAUAAUAACAAAGGUGAAGGACCAUUUAGCCCAGUGACAACAGUGUUCUCUGCAGAAGAAGAGCCUACAGUAGCCCCAUCUCAAGUCUCUGCAAAUAGCCUAUCUUCCUCAGAAAUUGAAGUUUCAUGGAACACCAUUCCUUGGAAAUUGAGCAAUGGACAUUUACUAGGCUAUGAGGUGCGGUACUGGAAUAAUGGAGGAGAGGAGGAAUCAUCAGGCAAAGUGAAAGUGGGAGGAAACCAGACAUCAGCCAGACUCCAAGGCCUGAAGAGCAACCUGGCAUAUUACACAGCUGUCCGGGCUUACAACAGCGCUGGUGCUGGUCCCUUUAGCGCCACAGUGAAUGCAACCACCAAGAAAACUCCUCCCAGUCAGCCACCAGGAAAUGUUGUUUGGAAUGCUACAGAAACUAAAGUGUUACUCAAUUGGGAACAAGUUAAAGCAAUGGAGAAUGAAUCAGAAGUAACAGGAUAUAAAGUUUUCUAUAGGACUAGCAGUCAAAAUAAUGUGCGUGUGCUGAACACAAAUAAAACUUCAGCUGAACUUGUGCUGCCCAUUAAAGAGGACUACAUCAUUGAAGUUAAGGCCACAACGGACGGAGGAGAUGGGACCAGCAGUGAACAGAUCAGGAUUCCAAGAAUAACCAAUAUGGAUGCAAGAGGAUCCACUUCAGCCACCUUGAAUGUCCACCCUGUGUCGAGUUAUGUACCUGUAGUACUGUUCUUUAUUGUAAAUAUCCUGUGGUGA